AUGAAAGGGUGGAAUAAUUUUUACAAAGUCUCAUAAAGAGUGAAGAGAUAAGAAAACUACAUUACAGAUAUAACUAAUUUCGAAAAUAAUAACUAUUUAAUAAAUUAGAAAAUAGAUGAGUAUCUUGAUUAUGAAUUUCCUUAAAAUGAAUGUUUUAGUUUGGCUUAGUUAAUAGAAUCAAUGAAAUGCAAUUGCAUAAAGAUUUAUAAAGGAUAGGUUUUAAUUAUUAUUUUAUAAGUAUUAAAACAUCUUUAAUAAUUACAUUAAAAGAGAUUAUCACAUGGAAGAUUAAAGCCUUAAAACAUUUUUAUUUAAUUAAAAAAUGAAAAAGAUAAUAAAUUAACAAUUAUAUAAUCAUUUAUUACAAUACAAUAGAUCUAUUUUAUAAAUUAUAGAUAUAUUGAUGAUGUUGAAUAUGAAAUUAAUUACUCUUAAGAUGUUUAUGAUAUUAUUGAUUGUUGUAUCGAAUUAAUAUAAGCAUAUUCAAAUACACUUUGUGAAUUAUUGCUAUUAAUUAUUAAUAAUUUAAAUUAGUAUAAAAAUAAUAUAGUGGAAGGGGAUAUAUAUAAAGUACUUGAGUUUAUUGAUUUAUUAAUUAAAGAAUGUGUUGAUUAAGAAAACUAAAAAGUAAAAAAAACUAAAAUUUAUCCUUCUAAAUUAAAUGAAUAAACUACUUCAACUAUUUAAUGUUAGGAAGGGGAAGAAUAUAAUAUGAUAUCAAAAAGAUGGAGAAUUUCAACUAUUUUUAUUACAAAGUUUUUGGAUGUAAUUUGUUCUUAAUCAGUUGAUUGUGAAUUAGGAUUGUAAAAUGAUUCUAUAGAAAAUAGAAUUGAUCAAUAUGUUCAAUAUAUUGAUACAAAUCUAUUGAUAUAAGAAGAAUUACAGAUCUAUUAAAUUGUAGAAUCAAUAAUAAGAUAAUAAAUGAUGAAAAUAAUUUGGAAGAACUAUGGGGAAUUCUUAGAAUCUUGGUAAUAAGAACAUGAUUCAAAAUGUGAGGAAAUAGUUAAAAUCAUAAAUAAAAGAAAUAAAUAUAUCUUAAAUAAUCACUUAAUUUUUAUUCUUAAUGAAUAUAACAAUGUUAAAAAAAUAAAUGAUGAAAUACAAGAAGAUAUUGAAAAGAAUUACAAGUUUAAUAUCGUUUAUGAUGAAUAAAAAGCGAAAGAUCAAUUUAUUUUAGAACUUAAGGUUUAGGCAUAAAAUUAAGAUUUUAAUAAUAUUCAAGCAUUUAUUGACAAUAUCAAAACCUAAGUUAAAUAAGAAUUAUAAGAAUAUUACAAUCAAAUUUUAGAACUUGAAAUAUUAACUUUAAUACAUGAUUUAAUUUGA